AGAAGCACUGGAGCCCCCAGCAGAAGCGAUGGGCAGUGUGCGAACCAACCGCUACAGCAUCGUCUCUUCGGAAGAAGACGGCAUGAAGUUGGCCACCAUGGCGGUGGCCAAUGGCUUCGGGAACGGGAAGAGCAAAGUGCACACUCGACAGCAGUGUCGGAGCCGCUUCGUGAAGAAGGACGGCCACUGCAACGUGCAGUUCAUCAACGUGGGCGAGAAGGGGCAGCGGUACCUGGCGGACAUCUUCACCACCUGCGUGGACAUCCGCUGGCGGUGGAUGCUGGUGAUCUUCUGUCUGGCGUUCGUGCUGUCCUGGCUCUUCUUUGGCUGCGUGUUUUGGUUGAUCGCUCUGCUCCACGGGGACCUGGAUGCGUCGAAGGAGAGCAAAGCCUGCGUGUCGGAAGUCAACAGCUUCACGGCCGCCUUCCUCUUCUCCAUCGAGACGCAGACCACCAUCGGCUACGGCUUCCGCUGCGUCACGGACGAAUGCCCCAUCGCCGUGUUCAUGGUGGUCUUCCAGUCGAUCGUGGGCUGCAUCAUCGACGCCUUCAUCAUCGGGGCGGUCAUGGCGAAGAUGGCGAAGCCCAAGAAGAGGAACGAGACCCUGGUGUUCAGUAACAACGCCGUGAUCGCCAUGCGGGACGGCAAGCUGUGCCUGAUGUGGCGCGUGGGCAACCUGCGCAAGAGCCACUUGGUGGAGGCGCACGUGCGCGCCCAGCUGCUCAAGUCCCGCAUCACCUCCGAGGGGGAGUACAUCCCCCUGGACCAGAUCGACAUCAAUGUGGGUUUCGACAGCGGGAUCGACCGGAUCUUCCUGGUGUCGCCCAUCACCAUCGUCCACGAGAUAGACGAAGACAGCCCCCUGUAUGACUUGAGCAAGCAGGACAUCGACAACGCGGACUUCGAGAUCGUGGUGAUCCUGGAAGGGAUGGUGGAGGCCACGGCCAUGACCACGCAGUGCCGGAGUUCUUACCUGGCUAACGAGAUCCUGUGGGGUCACCGCUACGAGCCGGUGCUCUUCGAAGAGAAGCAUUACUACAAGGUCGAUUAUUCCAGGUUCCACAAGACUUACGAGGUUCCCAACACGCCUCUUUGCAGUGCUAGGGACUUAGCGGAGAAGAAGUACAUCCUCUCCAACGCGAAUUCCUUUUGCUACGAAAACGAGGUUGCCCUCACCAGCAAAGAGGAAGACGACAGUGAAAACGGGCCCCCCGAAAGUACAAGUACGGACUCCCCCCCUGAUCUAGACCUGCACAACCAGGCCAGUGUCCCCUUAGAGCCGAGACCCUUAAGGCGAGAAUCGGAAAUAUGACUGGUUGUGUGUCAGCGGGGAGUGGUUCCUUGUCUGGGAUUAUUAUUCACUUCACCACCACGCGGUCUGUGGGUCAAAGGCCUGAUAGAGUGACAGAGACCACAGGACUGGCUCAGAGGUCAGCGCCCCCGCCAGGGACUAAGGCUCGCCAAAAGGUUUCCAGGAAAGACUGUAAGCUCAAUGAUGGGUGGCAUGCACUCAGCACGCCGCCGUGUGACCCCCAAAGGCACAUACGUGU